UUUGUUAACGUUGUUCCGUAGAUCAUUAUGAAUUUAAACGAAACUCAACAAAAAGAAUUAUUUAAUGCCAAUUUUCAAUAUGGCCGUUGGUUGUCCUCUCCGCCAGCCGGCGAAGAAGUGGUCAUAUCUGGCAUGUCUGGUCGUUUUCCUGAUUGUGAUAAUGUUUGCGAAUUACGAGACAAUCUAUUUAACAAAACAGACAUGGUUACUGAAAAUGAAAAAAGAUGGAAAGUCGAUAAUUGCGAUUUACCGAAACGAAGUGCUCACAUUAAUAAUAUUGACAAACUGGAUGCUGGGUAUUUUGGGUUACAUUAUCGUCAAGCUCAUAAUAUAGAUCCUGCCAUGAGAGUUUUGAUGGAAACGACCAUAGAAGCUGUUAUAGAUGCUGGAGUAAAUCCGUUGGAGUUGGAAGGAAGCAAAACUGGCGUAUUCAUCGGUUUUUCUCAUUCAGAAGUGGCAAAUAUUGCCUUAUUCGGCGGAAAGACUGAACCGCAAAAGUUUUCCAUUACCGGCUUUCUCACAUCUUUGCUUGCUCAUCGUCUGAGUUAUUAUUUGAAAUUAAAAGGACCAUCAUUCGCUAUUGAUACGGCUUGUAGCAGCUCUGGAAAUGCUCUUCAUUCAGCUUUUAAAUUCAUGAGAAGUGGUGAAUGUGAAAAUGCAAUUGUCGCUGGUUGUAAUUUAACCAUUCAUCCUAGAGGCACAAUGCAAUAUUUUCGCCUGGGAGCUUUAAGUCCGGACGGAGUAUCCAGAGUAUUCGAUCAGGAUGCAAACGGUUACGUUAGAAGUGAGGCUGGCGUAUGUAUUUUGCUUCAAAAGUCUAAAAAUGCGAAACGAAUUUACGCACAAAUUAUUAAUACGAAAGUGAACUCAGACGGUUUUAAAAAAGAAGGGAUAACACAUCCUUCAUCGUUAACGCAAGAAGAGCUUUUGACUGAAAUAUAUCGAGAAAGUAAUAUUAAUCCUUCACAAGUGAGAUAUUUCGAAGCACAUAGUACUGGUACUCGAGCUGGGGAUCCUGAAGAAAUUAGUGCUGUAGACAGGGCUCUGGCGAAAAAAAAUGGAAAACAGCUUCUCAUAGGUUCAGUAAAAUCAAAUAUAGGUCAUACAGAACCUGUAUCAGGUCUGUGUUCGAUUAUAAAAGUAUUAAUUGCAAUGGAAACAGGAUUUAUACCACCUAAUAUCAACCUCAAAAGGGUCCGAGAAGGACUGGAAGGGAUAAAGCAACAACGCAUAAAAAUUGUGACAGAAGCUACUGAGCUUUUAGACAAUGAUGCGAUUAUAGGCGUUAACAACUUUGGUUUCGGAGGUAGCAACUGUCAUGUGAUAUUGCAGAGGUUUAAAAAGCAAAAAAUCGAUGGUGGACUGCCGAAAGAUGAUCUUCCUAGAUUAAUUUGUGUCAGUGGUCGUACUAAUGAAGCAGUUUUGAAAAUUUUAAACGACGUUAGUAACAAAAGUUUGGAUGAAGAAUACGUCGGUCUUCUCCAUCAGUUAUAUAAAAUUAACAACCCAAAUCAUUUACAUCGAGGAUAUGCAGUUGUUUCCAAACGCGGUAUUGUAUCAAUGUCAUCAAAAUUAUUGCCUUUACAGAAACCACAUCUUUACGUAUUUUUUGGACAAUUCGUCACUAAUUUCCGCAAACUGGCUUCUUAUUUGAAGAAAUUUUCGAUUUUCGAAUGCAUCGAAUCAAGGAUUAAUCAAAUUUUGGUGUUCAACAAAGUGAAAGCUCUUAAAGAAAUUUUAGAAUCUCAAACAAAAGUAAAUGAAGACGCAUUGGGGUCAAUAUGUUUGCAACUGAUAUUGGUAGAUGUUAUAAAAGAGUUGGAAUUGUGUCCUACUGGCAUUUUCGGUGACACUUGUGGUACAAUCGUUAGUGCUUAUUAUCACAACGUGAUCAAGCUGGAAGAGGCCGUGUUGGCAGCGAUCGAGCUUGGUAAAGUAAAUUUUGUUUCUAAUAUGAAUUUCCAAACAUCAGCGAAAUUAUUGGAUUCAAAAGAUAAAGAGUCAAUGAAAAAGGUUUACUUAAACUACGAAGAUUUUAUUAAACCGUCGAAAGGCACAAUAAUAUUAAAUUUAUCCGAUCGGGAGCUCAGUGGUGAAAACAAUUUACUAGUACAAGAUGGCACCGGCAAUUUACUCGGUCUGUUUGGAAGAUUGUAUACAGAAGGGUAUCUUCCCCAAAUUCAUAAACUGUAUCCUCAAAUACAAUUUCCAGUCAGUAGAGGCACCUCCAUGAUUUCACCUUCGAUUCAAUGGAAUCACGAAAAAUCAUGGUAUACAUAUAAAUUUACCAAAUAUACAUUAUCGGAUGCUGAGCAGAGGGAAUAUAGUAUUUCACUUUCAAAGGACGAACAUCAGUUUAUGAAAGGCCAUUGCAUCGAUGGACGUAACCUUGUUCCUGCUACCGAAUAUUUAAAUUUAGUGUGGCAAUCAUACGCAGAAUCUCGAGGAUUUUUAGCCGUCGAUAUUCUUGUAUUAUUUGAAAAUUGUAAGUUUAUCAAAGCCGUUACAUUACCUAAGAGUGGUUACGUAAAAUUACUUGUAACGGUUCAAAGAGGCACAGGCAACUUUGAAAUUCUCGAGAAAGGUUCGUUAAUAGUUAGUGGCCGUAUCAGACUUUGUCCAAAUGCAAGCCAACAAGUUAUCCUAGCAAAAUUUGAUUCUUUGAGUGACGAUAAACGAAAAAUAUUGGAACAAGACGAUAUCUAUCGAGAAUUUAACCUAAGAGGUUACAAUUACAGUGGUUUAUUCAAAUCAAUUAAACGAUGCAAUGUAGACGCUUCUGCCGGUCUGAUUAAAUGGAAGGACAACUGGUGUGCUUUUAUGGAUAAUAUGCUUCAAAUGAAUAUUCUUCAGUCUGACACAAGGUUGCUUUUCGUUCCUACUGGCAUUAAGAAAAUCAUUAUAGAUCCCUUAAGGCACAUACAAAUCGUGAACGAACAGGAUGGAGAAGAAUGUCUUCUACCUGUUUAUGUGAAUAAGACUUGCAACUUGAUCAAGUCUGGUGGAAUUGAAAUACACGGAAUUCAAGUAAAAUCUAUUUUCAAGAAAAAAAUGCGAUUGGAACCAGUUCUGGAAAAGAACGUAUUCAUCUCAAAUAUUUCAUCGUUAGGAUUAGAAGAAGCAGUAAUAGUCAACACUCAAAUUAUCUUAGAAAAUAGUUUAGAUAACAGAUUUAAAUCUGUGGAAAUCAUCAACGAAUUCACGAAUGUAAAUAGUGAACACAUCUUAGGUUUUGUCAAUAAAAUCUUAGAACGCAUCCCUGGAGUAACUCCUGAUCUAACCAUUUCGUCAAAAACAACCAUGGAUGAAACACCUGGAAUAAAAUUCGAAACUGUUACUUUAACACCUGAAAGCAAUAUACAUUUGUACGUUGGUAGUAAAAUUCUACAACAAAGAAACACUUUAAAACAAUUCUUCACGCCACUUAACAAAAACGGAUUUAUCCUAACACGUGAAGAUAUCAAUUUCAGUUUAAAAAACGAUAUUACUGAAGUAGACGUUCUGACCGAUUAUUUAACACCAAACGAAAGAAUAAUUUUAUUGCGAAGAAAAGUGGAAAACGUCAGACCCGAGUUUAUUAAAGUAUCUUCGAGUAAUUUUGGCUGGAUCCCAGAGUUACAAAACGCUUUAACUCUUAGGAAAGAUGUUAUAACAUAUGCAACAAAUAGAGAUCCCGAUGGAAUACUAGGUUUGAUAAAUUGCAUCAGGCGAGAACCAAAUGGAAAUUUAGUUAAGUGUUUCUUCAUGAUGGACGAUGCUCCGGAAUUCGAUCCUCACCAUUCGUUCUACGGUGAACAAAUUAGUAAAAAUUUGGCUGUAAACAUUUAUAAGGAUAAAUCGUGGGGAACAUAUCGAUAUUUGCUUUUGGAGGAAAUACAAAAGAUUGACUGUGAACAUUCUUAUGCAGAUUUAAAAAGUAGAGGAGACAUAUCCAGUUUCGAAUGGUUAGAGGGACAUUUAUCUGAAGAAGUACCACUAAAAGAAAGACAACUUUUGGUUUCAACAUGUUAUUCAUCAGUUAACUUUAAAGACAUUAUGGCCGCUUCUGGACGCGUAAAUCUCGAAAUAUUACAACCGCAUCGACUUGACCAAGAGAUACUAAUAGGAUUUGAAUUUUCCGGAAAAGAUUUAAGUGGUCGUAGAAUGUCUGCGAUGACUAACGAACAGGGUAUUUCAUCCCAUGUUACUUUCGAUUCUUCCUUAAUUUGGAAAAUACCGGACUCAUGGACACUUGAAGAUGCAGCAACGAUUCCCAUUGUGUAUUGCACUAUUAUUUAUGCUCUUUUAAUGGUUGGCGAUCUGAAACCUGGUUCCACAAUUCUUAUUCACUCCGUCACUGGUGGUGUUGGACUAGCUGCCUUGAACAUUUGCCUUCACUAUAAAUGCGAAAUUUAUGUAACCGUUGGCACUCAGGAAAAACGAACAUAUUUAAAAGAAAAUUAUCCACAAAUUCCAGACAAUCACAUUGGAAAUUCACGAGACACCUCAUUUGAACAAAUGAUCAAAACAGAAACCCGAAAUAAAGGGGUUGACAUGAUUUUGAACUCCCUAAGUGAGGAUAAAUUGCAGGCUUCGAUUAGGUGUUUAGCACGAGGAGGAAAAUUUAUGGAAAUUGGGAAAUACGAUUUGGCGACUAACAAUUCUUUAAAUCUUUUGUUCAUGGAAAAAGAAGUUAGCUAUCACGGUAUAUUGUUUGAUGUCGUUUUUAGAAGCUUUACGGAAAUGAAAGCUAAAGUGAUGAAAGGUUUAAUAGACGGAAUUGGGGCAGGUUUUGUAAAACCACUUCCCAGGACUGUGUUCAGUGCAAAUGAAAUUGAAAAAUCGUAUAGAUACAUGAUGACGGGUAAACAUAUUGGUAGAAUACUGAUCAAACUGCGGAAUGAAGAAGAAGAUAGUGUCGGUCCACUCCACAUGAUGUCAAAUCCACGUUUCCAUUGUGAUGUGCGUUACACCUAUAUCGUUAUUGGAGGGUUAGGUGGAGUUGGUUUAGAAUUAAGCGACUGGUUGGUCUUGAGAGGUGCAAGAAAACUAGUAUUAAGUUCGAGAUCGGGUAUUCAAACUGGUUAUCAUCAGCAAAGAAUACAUAUUUGGACAACAUACGGCGUCGAAGUUAAAAUUUCUGUGAGAGACGUAACCACUGAGCGAGGAUGUGAAGAUUUAAUCAAUGAAGCGACUGAGCUUGGACCUGUCGAUGCUAUUUUUAACUUAGCUGUUGUUCUUAAAGAUGCACUAUUUGAAGAUCAAACUCAAGAAACUUUCGAAACUUCAUUAGCACCAAAAGCUCGCGCUACACUAUAUUUGGAUCGAGUCACUAGGAAACUGUGCCCAAAACUAAGGUAUUUUGUCAUAUUUUCGUCACUAUCUUGUGGUCGUGGAAAUCCGGGUCAAAGCAACUAUGGUAUGGCAAAUUCUGUUAUGGAAAGAAUAUGUGAGAAUCGAAAGCGAGAAGGAUUACCAGCUGUGGCUAUCCAAUGGGGCGCAAUCGGUGAAGUCGGUUUGGCGGCAAAAAUGCAGAGGGAAAAUAAAGAGUUAGUGUUUGGUGGUAUCGUUCAACAAAAAAUUUCCAGCUGUCUUGAGGUGCUAGAUGUCCUGUUAAAACAUAACUAUCCGGUUGUUUCUAGUAUGGUGGUUACCGAAAAACGACAGGAAGGUAACAGCCUUAGUGCAGCAGAAACGGUUGCUUAUGUUUUGGGAAUAAAAGACAUGAAAACAGUAAGUCACAAUACGACAUUUGCGGAACUCGGUAUGGAUUCGAUGAUGGGUACAGAAAUUGUUCAAGUUUUAGAGAAAGAUUUUGAAAUCUACGUGACAUCCAAAGAUGUGAGAAGUUUAACAUUCGCAAAAUUAACUGAAAUGGAAGAAGGGAAAUUCAAAAAAUCUGUAGAAGUUUUAGACAAAAAAACAGAAGAAGGCGAAAAUUUAUUCAUUGCGUAUAUUCCCAAUCGCGAAACUGUUCAUUUGCCUGCUAUUAAAUUAAAUAGUCAUAUUGACUCACACCUAGAGGUUCCAACGGUUUUCGUGUUACCAGGAGUGGAAAGCAUCUUCAAACCACUAGAAUUUUUGAUAAAUUCAUUAAAAGCUCAUGUAGUUGGAGUACAGUACAACUAUAACAAUCCAGAGGAUUCUAUUGAAAGAACUGCACAAAACACACUGCCGCAUAUAGAAAGUUUUCUAUCCAAAGACACAUCCUUCUACAUUAUUGGAUAUUCAUUUGGAACUCUAGUCGCUCUAGAAAUGACCAGUUUGUUGGAAGAAAAGGGCUACACUGGUAUUCUGAUUUUAAUCGAUGGUUCACCAGCUUAUUCAUCUUCUUCUUUAAAAAAACACUUUCCGCAUGAAACGGAAGCCCAAUUUCAAACCGCCGUUUUGAGAAAAGUCUCUUCUCUUUUGAUUCCAUUGAACGUAUUUUCGCAAUAUGAGGAAAUGCUGAUGAAGUCUAAUAACUUUGAAGAACAAAUUGACUUAUUUUUGUCUUUGUUACCUCCCAAAAUAAGAGACGAAGUGAAAUUAGAAAAACAAGCUGGCAUUGCACUGUAUAAACGUUGUAAAGCUAUGCUUGACUAUACAUUUAAAAAUAAGAAAAUCCAAUCGUCAGUACAUCUGUUCAAAGCAAAGUAUCCAAUGGUUCAUGAAACAGAUGAUUAUCAAUUAUCAACAAUAUGCGAUGAUGUUGUACAAGUGACUACAGUAGAUGGUGACCAUGCAACAAUUUUAAAUAGCCCAGAUCUUGUAAAAGCUGUUAGCGAAAUAGUGGUACUGAAACAAUAG